CCCUGCCACACAUCAGCAAACAUUAUCAAACAUGUUCAAACAUAUCCACGAUGUCAAUGUUAUUGAUCCAAUGUGUUUUUAGAAAUUCUGCACAAUAACAGGAAAUGAGCAUCAUUCUUGUGAUGUAACUUGAAACACAGAUCACGUGAUGUAUUGUUAUUGAAUGCUGUGUUUACAAAUUACGUAGUUUAAAUGGGGAAUUUAAAUGCCGUGAUCGAUUGAAGGCAAAUGAAACUGAAAUAAAGCGAUCGGGAAAAUUUUAAACAGCAGCGACAUCCGUUAAAAAUCUGUUGCAUGGGAAAUCGAGAUUGGAAUAUUUUCAUUUGAGGUAAGAAUGGACUUAAUUUAUAGGUGCAUGUCUGCCACGCAUUAAUAUUGAACUGACGCCUGUGACCAAAACUGCGCGCCCGAUAUUCUUGGUUGCGCGAGGCAAACUUUCCACAAUGACAUUAGGCAGAAAAUAUAUUAAAUAUGAAAUAAUAGAUAAUAAACGAGAUUAACUCGUGCAAGGCAGUAGAACUGGUAUAAGGGAACAAGUUUGCAAAAACUGAAUGAAAUUUGUGAAAGUCUAGUUACACAGCAUUUUUAAUAUAUUUAUAUUAAAACCAUAACAAUUUGACGUCAAAAGUUUAAAUUCAAUAUUCCAGCCGAGUACUCUUCAAUAUCCUGUCAUAUCAUGCAUCCUUAUAGCAUUAUCAGUUGCAUUUUAUAAUGUAGGUAAACGACAAAUGCGUUUUUUUAUUUCUACCUUUUUAAUUCUGAAUUUUAACAAAAUGUCAAAUGAUUUGUAUUUACAAUUACAUAUACGUACGUUCGUAAUAAGAACGGCUGGUGUUAUGUUACGUACUUCCGAAUCAAAACAACUCCUUAGUUAGUGCGUCAAAGGCUGGAAGACAAAAAUAUUCGUCGGUUCAAAACUAGACGCAUUAUAACGUCUUUUAAGAAAUAAAUAAUGCCUCUUGGGAGGCAUUUCACAUGAUUUUGUGUAGUACGUCUACGCUCUACGUUAGCAUGAUUUAUUUUAAGAAUAUAUUAUAGGGAAUUUAAUUAAGCUUGACGUUUCCGGGAACGGCGAACGACAGGUUCGAACUUUCUUGGCAAAAUUUUUGUUGAACGUUUUCGUUUCGUAUUUUCUUUCUUGUGCCAAAAUAAUAAUCAUGCAUUGCAGUUUUAAAACAUCAGGUUCAUUUACUCUAUAUUGCCUGAUACCGCAUUUCUUUUCUUUGCCUGGCGUUUGCUGUAUAACUCGAAGCGUAAACUCUCUAAUGACCUAGUGACCAGUGUCUCGGUUCAAUCACGCAAAGAUAUAUACAUGCAGGGGCCGGUUGUACGAAAGGUGGAUAAAUCACUCUAUCCGGUGGAUAAUUAAGUCGCUAUCCAGCGGAUAAAUUUUAUCCGCAGUGAAAAUCGUGUUGUACGAAGCUUGGCCGAUAGCGCUAGGCUGCUAGCCAACGGAUAAAAAUGCACUAUCCGUUGGAUAAAUUUAUCCGAGGUCCGGAGGUAGUUUAAAUCCACUAUCCGGCGGAUAUAAACUCGACGUUUGAAGACAAAACAAUGUGUGUGUCAUAUAAAAGGGAUUGCCAUUGUGAUAGAAAUGGACAAAUACCGUUUAGAAGUUCUUUUUUUGACACUAAAUAAACAUGGAAACUUACUUUGCUCUUGACGUACACCGAGCUCACUUACCCAUUAUAUAAUGCCAUGGCUUUGCAAUAGCUUGAAAACAAGCGAUAAAACUUUAAAACAAACAUUGACUUCCUUUCGACGAGGUUAGUGAAAUUCACAGUAAGUUAUACGAUCAACAGCUGGCGUAGAGAUAAGAAAUUUCAGAAAAUCCGGUUUUUUCCGGUUAAAUUAAUUUAAGGUUAUCCGAUGGAUAGCUAUCCAUCCUGCUAUCCGUGCUUCGUACAACGCAUUUUUAUAUAUAUUCGGCAGAUAGCUAUCCAUUGGAUAGGACAUUUAACCAUUGGAUAGGACAUUUAACCAUUGGAUAGGAAUUAUCCUACAGCCGACCCCAGCUAGUACUAUAUAUACAUUAUUUAUACUGCGAAGAAUGAAGAUAAACGAAACAUUACUUUGCCAAAUUAAAAUUGUACUCGGUGCGUCAAAGGCUAAAAAGGAAAAAAGUCCUCAAAAGUAGGCACAUUAUAACAUCUGCAUGUAUCAUGCUGUCAGUCAAAGUUUUCGCGGGGAGGGGGGGGGUUAGUGUUUCGCAUAUUUUGUAUCAAAAUGCACCAUGUCUACGGCUGUCUACGCAAUAUAAUUAAAUCAGCAAGUUUAUAAAUGUUACCUACUGACUACGAAAAUAUACAAACGAAUACUUUAGGGAAGCUAUAUGUUGUAAUAUUCAGGAUCUGAAUUUAAUCACACAAAAAGCCGAUCAUUACUUACCGUACUUACUUUACUACUUUCAGAUUUAUUUAGCCACGCUGAUCAUACACAACAUAGCCUAGGCCCUGGUUGUAAAAUACAAUCUGUUGAUUUUCAGAUGGGGCGUGUUAUAUACUUACAAACUAUUUUAACUCACAUCCUAAGUCUCUGCUAGCCUAUAGAGUAUAGUGGACAUGCUGCGUUUAAAUUGGUAAAGCGAAGAUGUCUUUUUCGCCUCAGAAGGAAGAUUAUUCCCCAUCAUUGCACCACUAGUAUACUUAAAACCCCGUUUAAGAUAGUUUGUUUUAGGUUUUGGAAGUGCUAGAUCAAUAAUCAGUACAGUAAAUCCCCGCAUAAAAGAACCAGUGGGUUAAGAACCACCAGCCUAAAAUUUGGGCAAUUAAGCACCCAAAAUACAAGAACCACUUCAGGCUGACAAAUGAAACUGGUUCUUAAACACCUGAUUAAACUUUUAGCUGAAUUAGUAAGCAGGUACUAGGAAGAAAACAAAAUACUGUAAUCUUGCUAGCAGGAAUUAUAUCAAUUUUUUCUGUGUUGAUGUUGUGUACUCAGGUGAAUAAUAUGUUUGCGAUGUUACUCUGAGUGCAUAUCCACACCGGGCGAGCUUGAAAAAUAUGCCCGGCCACGGUGGGAUUCGAACCUACGACCUUUGGAAUACUAGCCCAAUGCUCUUCCAACUGAGCUACGCGGUCAGGACGGUUCGAGUAAGUGAUAUUUCGGAACAGUAUCUAGUUCCUUCAAUACCAAUGUGUUCUAGUAAUAUGAAUUCAUACUCUAGAACACAUUGGUAUUGAAGGAACUAGAUACUGUUCCGAAAUAUCACUUACUCGAACCGUCCAGACCGCGUAGCUCAGUUGGAAGAGCAUUGGGCUAGUAUUCCAAAGGUCGUAUAGGUUCGAAUCCCACCGUGGCCGGGCAUAUUUUUCAAGCUCGCCCGGUGUGGAUAUGCACUCAGAGUAACAUCGCAAACAUAGGAAUUAUAUCUUUCAACCACAUCAUGCAUGCAUUUAUUUUAUCAGAAUAAUUAGGACAGUUCGCCAAAUUAAAACGUCGAAGGCGAAUAAUUUCCCCGCAACUACGCUCUUCUUAAUAAAUCAGUAUAAAAAAUAGUACAUGUAUUUAGAUUAACUUGAUAUUUGAUUUGGUGAAAUUGUAAUUUUUUGUUGAACUGUUCUAGAUUGUUAAAGAUAAAAACCGAUAGAUACAGUUCCUUGAUUGUAGAACCAGCGUGUGCGAACUUCCCUGACCGUGCCUGUGUGGGUAAAAAUGUGUCAUAGUUCACAUUUCACGUGAACAAAUAUUGGCAAUUUAACGGCUCACGAAAAUAUUCUUGAACCUCCUGUACCACCCUCACUGUAUAGAUUGGUAUGAAUAUUGGUUGGCAUAAUUAAACAUGGUAGUUACGCUUAUAGGGCUAUUGAUCAAUUUUUUAUCUGAUUUUAAAAUUCUUCAGUUGAAAAUUUCUGGGUGUAUUUGCAUAAACCUAUGGCCCGAACAAUGAGUGACUGGCCAUCAUGGUAGCAGUGAAAACAGUGGCAACUAUAAUUUAUGAUCUUAUUAAAACUAUAAGCUUUAAUAUUAAGUAUAAAAUGAAAAAAUACGAAUUUCACUAUUUGGUUUAUAUGCAAAUGAGCUAUUUUCUUUUCUUUCAUGUCCACCGUUGCUAAUUUGAAUCGUCAUUUUUAGGAUACUCAUUGAAAUUGAUGGAAAAAUUCAAUGGACAAUGCUCUUCCACAAUGGAAUGCCAUGAUUUAAGUGGUUCCUAUCUGUGUCACCUUCCGAAACCACAACAAAAUGAGGUUAUUGACAAGUCAGAAAAUAAUGCUGACGAAGCAGAUCUGCAGUAUCACGAAGCCAUUCUAUUUCGCAAGCCAGCGAAAGUAAUUUAUACACCUAACAGGUCCCACGAAGUAAUUAAAGCGAAUCUUAUACACUUCGAGGACAAUGGCAAUUUUAAAGAGUUCGAUAUAUAUUCUAACAACAUGUUGGCAAUAUAUCGUGAAAAGGGGAAUUUUGAUAUUGUAGCGGAUGUAAAAAUAGAACAAGCAAAAUGUGCCAUAUAUAGAAACGAUUUGAAUGCCGCCCAACGUCUUGCGCGCGAAGGCCACGAACUUGCGGGACACACGCAGUUUCCCCCACUUUUCUACGCAGAAGCUUUUCUCGUAUUGAGCAACAUUUCAAGAAAUAAACAUAAAUUAGGAAACACAAAAAAAUACCUUGAUCAAGCUAAGCAAUGUUUCCAGUUAGUUUACAGUAUCGAAAGCCUUGCCUGUUUCCAUGAACAAUACGGCAGCUAUCUCGACCAAUUUCUAGGAAUUUUACCCAAAUCGGACGAACAGGCAAAAGAACUCGCUUUAACCAGUUUCCAUAAAAUGAGUGAAAUCGGUUCGCAGGAUUCGAAACCGCGCGUGAGUGAUAAAAAAUGUUUUUACGCAUUGUUAAGAAUUGCAAGGAUCCUGUUAGAUUCGAAUUCAUUGUUUGGACGUACACAACGGACAGUGUCAGAAAGCGACAUUCGCCUCGCCGAUAAGUACCUGGAGACUAUAAAGCGUAAUCGGCUCCUUGACAGUAUACCACGUGGGUCUAAAAUUCAGUACCAGAUCGUCGUAAGCGAUAUGUGUUACAGAAAAGGAACAUUUGAGGAUGCGAAAGAAUUGCUAAAGAAAAGUUUUGAUGAGGCAGAUGCGUUGGGAUAUAAAACGGAGUUGCCAAAAAUCACACAGGUAGUACUGUCGUUUACAUCUAAGACCGAACAGUUGCAGAUAAAAGCAUUUUAUGCCAUCAAUGUUUGCAACAAGCAUUAUUAGGUUUCAUCAUAAAAUUAGGUCAGCCUAUAUCAGCAUGCACAUGCUAGUAAAACGUGAUUGGUUGAUGAGAUCGAAACCUAUGCAAAUUUGCUUGACAAAAACUGAUGUUUUGCAUGAGAGUGAGUAUUUAGUCUAGAUCCAGGGCAUGUAACUUAAUCAGGGACGCCCAAGAGAGGUACGCGGGAGGGGAGGCAUCGCCUCUUUAGCCCUUUUCCAAGGUGCUAUAGGGAAAUAUUUGAGAUGUUUUUAAAAAAUCAUUACAAAAUUAUUACGCUUAAAUCGCGAAUCAAGAUACAGUUCAAUUUUUAGGGAAAAAUGUAGAUCACUUUUCUCAUAGGCGUGAAUUUGAUUACGAAAUCUCUAAUUUUGGUGGUUGCUAAAGGUUGUUACCACGACAUUUCCAAAAACUAUUGUCGACGGGGAGGAGGGAAUUAUGCAUGGCGUAUUAACGUUAUGUUUGGUGGGAAAUAGUAAAUAAAGGGUUACACACUUGUCAUUGAAAAUUAUCAGGUUUGUUUUACUUUUCAGCGUUUACAAGAAAUCGAACAUCUCACAGAUGCGGAGAAAAUUAAUGUCGUGGAAGAUAACUUAGUUGAGGAGGAAAGUAGCAGUGGUUAUGACAGUGAAACAUCGCAAAGUGAUCUAUUCACUUCAGAGUAUUUGUAAAGCCCAUACUGAUGAAUAUACUCCUGUGACAAUCUUUCCUUCACAAGAAAAAUUUUAUUUGCUCUUGCGGUCAGGCAACAAAGUGACAAGUUUUCGUUCACUAGUCUACUUGACUGUGCAAAAAGAUGAUCAAACUAGACGAGUGCUCUGCCGACAAGAAUUUUUCUUGCAUCUUAAAUGUUAUUCAUUUCUUGAACUACUAUAUUUUUUUUUUUUUUUUUUUUGACAGUGCAACAUUAACUUUAUUAACUUUUUUUUUUCCACAAAAUAUAUACAAGUAGUAAAAAAAUAAUUACAGUAGUAUAAUGGGCUAGGGACCUUUGGAAAUCCUAUUGGACUUUUAUAGUAAGGCCCCUAGUUUUAGUAUUCUAGUGAUAAAAGACUAUGAAAGAAGAAAUUAUAUACAAGCAGAAACUAUUUAUAACAAAUUGAAAGAUGAAAAAAAAACUAAGAAAUAAAAUAGUACAUUACUAUCAUUAGUGUUCCUAAGGCUAUUGCUAAGGUUUUUAUAAUUUAUUUACAUUAAUUAGAUAAUAAG